CACAACACCGGCCUCAUAAUCUCAUACAGAAAGCAAUGGCAGCCAAGUCUUCACAGACCAUGACAAUCCCCACCGACGCUGAGCUGGUCCAGGCGCAGGCUGACCUUUGGCGCCACAGCCUCAGCUACCUCACACCAAUGGCGCUCAGUUGCGCCAUCCAGCUCGGCAUCCCUACCGCGAUCCAUCGUUUUGGCGGUGCCGCGUCGUUGCCGGACCUGGUCACCACGCUGUCCCUCCCGCCAUCCAAGGCGCCGUUCCUCAGCCGCCUCUUGCGGCUGCUGUCCACGACGGGGGUGCUGGCGUCAAACGAGGCUGGGAUCUACAGCCUCGUCCCACUGUCCUACCUCCUCGUGGAUGGUGUACGCAUCGACGGCGAUGCUAGUCAGACGGCUCUUGUGCUCGCCGUGACCUCCUGGCAUUACAUGGAGGCGGCCAUGGGGCUGGCCGACUGGUUCAAGAAGGAUAUCGCGCAGCCCGUGCCGUCACCAUUCGAGGAAGUGCACGGCGCGGCACUCUUUGAGGAGAGUAUGGCGGUCCUCGACCCAGAGUGUGACAAGUUGUUCAAUGAAGCUUUAGCUGCCCAUGACCAUAUGGGAAUUGGUACAGUAUUGCGGGAAUGUCAUGCCCUAUUCAGUGGAUUGCAGUCGCUCACAGAUUGUUGUGGUGGUGAUGGAACGACAGCUAGGUCCAUCGUUAAGGCCUACCCGCAUAUAAAGUGCAAUGUGUUGGACCUUCCAAAGGUGGUUGAUAAAAAUCCGAGCGAUGGUCUCGUUAACUAUGUCACCGGUGACAUGUUCCAUUCCAUCCCACCUGCUCAAGCUGUAAUGCUCAAGCUUGUUCUACACUUCUGGAGUGAUGAGGACUGCAUCAAUAUCCUAGCCCAAUGCAAGAAGGCCAUUCCUUGCCGAGAAGCAGGAGGAAAAGUGAUUAUCAUAGACAUUGUGGUUGACUCUUCUUCAGGACAGAUGUUCGAAACCCAACUGCUGAUGGAUGUGGCAAUGAUGGUAUAUACCAGGGGACGGCAGCGGGAUGAAAAUGAAUGGAGUUCCAUCUUUGCGAAAGCAGGGUUUAGCGACUACAAAAUUGUCAAGAAACUUGGAGCUCGGGGUGUCAUCGAGGUCUAUCCAUAAGGUUGUGCUGCAAAUGAUGUAAUGGCGACCCUUUGGUAUCCAUAAAGUAGUGGUGUGCUAUAACUACUAAAUAAGGCACCCGCAAAAAAAAAGAACUACUAAAUAAGGGCGUCAGUGCACAAUGGAGAAAAUUAGUAGCUGAAGCACGUUAAGUGCCUGGUCACAAAAUAAUCUGUGCGUGCAUGUGUUUGUGUGUGUAUGUGUCUGUGUCUGUGUGAAUUAGUUUCGAGAAGUGUUGGGCCACUCGGUGUGUGCUAUGUACGUGGCAUGUUUGUGUGUUCCAACAUGGUGAAACAUUAAGCUUAUUUUGCA